AUGGAUAUCGACGACGAGUCUUUCAAGAUAGAUGUCUGGGCCCCCAUGGACAUCGACAGCGAACCUGCCCAGAAGGACCUACCAAAGAUCGGGGAUCCCAUGGACCUCAACGAGGACAAUGCCUUCUCGAACGCCAAGCCGAUCGACAAUCAGAACACGGUAGCAUGGACGCCGGUGAAGACGACGUUUGAACAUAAUGCCUUUCGCAAGCCCUUCAGGGAUAACAAGAAGCUAAAGCGUGUCAAGACCAGGAGGGAUGGUGUUAAUAAAUUGUCACGUCGCAAACCCAAAAAACAGCUAGAGAUGUCGACAGGCGCAGAAGUGAAGCAAUAUGUUCUAGCGCAAUACAAGAAGAGGCAGCUAUCUGAAUUGUCCAAGAAGGAGGUCAAAAGAAUCGCUAAGAGGAAGUUAGCACGUAUAACCUCCUUAUAUCACAGACUUAUUGGACGUGAGCCGUUGGAUUCCUUUGCGGAUAAUUGUGAGAAGACCAUACCGAACUGGAUUUUACUCCUGCGCCAGACUUCAUUACCGAAUUUCAUCAACAGCUCGCACCAUAGCAUAAUUACUGCCUUCAAAGCUGUUGAUAAUGUCAUCUGUGGAACACAAGGAACGUAUCUGCUACGACGGCUGGCUUACGUCCAGUUGAUGCGACUGUUUACUUCGCUUGAAGCUCUUAUCAAAUCUGAAAGAGAGUCUGGAAAAGCCGUCCGUAAGCAGGGUUGUGGUGACGCAAGCAUUGCCAUCGACAUUUAUAUGAGCGCUCAACAAAGUCAUCAGCACCCCGAUGAUCUGAGGCGUGAGCUGAAAGAACGUAAGCGAGCUGGUAAAAUUUGGAGAGAUCUCUCGGGGCCAUCCCCGCUUUUUACUAUGGUUUACUCGCAGGCAUCUGAGUCAAUCAUUGCUGCUAGUGGUUUUAGUGCUGCCGGUGGUUUUAGUGCUGCCGGUGGUUUUAGUGCUGCCGGUGGUUUUAGUGCUGCUGGUGGUUUUAGUGCUGCCGGUGGUUUUAGUGCUACUGGUGGUUUUAGUGCUACUGGUGGUUUUAGUGCUGCCGGUGGUUUUAGUGCUACUGGUGGUUUUAGUGCUGCCGGUGGUUUUAGUGCUACUGGUGGUUUUAGUGCUGCCGGUGGUUUUAGUGCUACUGGUGGUUUUAGUGCUGCUAGUUGA